AUGGAUCCUGAAGCUUCGUAUGGUGACGAAAGUCUCACGGCAUCCAUAUCGCUACGAAGACGUUCUACGUCUUUUUCUGAUGACUAUUCUGUACAACGCACUAAUGACGAUGCUACCCAAUGCAAAUAUGCUGCUGUUCAGUUAGGUUACUGGAAAGACGAGUUUCUUCCUCGUUUUGCCUAUACUGGUGCACCAGAAGCUCGACGUGAUCCCGAGAUUUCCAUCGGUUACUGGGCUCGCGUAUCCGCCGUGCAUCAUUUGGUGGAACGCUUCAUUGACAAAACCGAAGGACAGUGUCAAAUAAUCAGCCUAGGAUGUGGCUUCGACACGCUCUUCUGGAGACUGAAGAAAGCUGGCAAAACAAUGAAAAAAUUUGUCGAUGUUGACUUUAGUUCGGUGACGGCGAAGAAAAUUCGCCAGAUUCGCAAGCCGGGUACUCCAGAUUUGGUCAGCCUUUUCAAUGAGCCACCCAAAGAAACGCAGCACACAGAUUUACAUUGCGGUGACUACCACCUUGUCGGCGCAGAUAUUCGUCAAUGGGCUGAAUUCAAAGCAAAGUUAGACUCUGUUGGUAUUGAUACAACUCUUCCUACGAUGUUUAUAGCAGAGUGUGUCCUUGUAUACAUAUCAGUGGAUCAGAGUGCGCAGCUGCUCAAAUCCCUCUCCGAUACUUUUAACACCGCAGUCUUUCUUAAUUAUGAACAGGUUCGUAUAAAAGACACUUUUGGAAGUGUGAUGGAAAAGAAUUUGGAGCAAAGAGGGAUCCAACUACCAGGGUUACCUGCCUGCAGUGAUAUUGAGACCCAAAGAGAGCGAUUUUUGGCUAAUGGUUGGAAGAAUGUAGCUGUGAUUGAUAUGAAUACUGUCUAUAAGAAGUUGUUGCCUCAAGACGAAGUAGCCAGAAUCGAAAAGAUUGAACAUUUGGAUGAAAUGGAAUUGUUGCGGCAAUUGCUCGAUCAUUACUGCAUAGGUUACGCUCUGAACGACAAAUCUGAGAAAUUUACUAGCCGUAAAAAUAGCUUUAGAAUGUCGCUUUCUCAAUGGAAACUGGAUUAUUUUGUUCCAUCCCGGAACUGCAGAACGUCCGAUAGCGCAUUCAAUCCUCCAGGUUUUCAUACUGGUGCUACUUCAGCUCAGCAGCAUGUCGAUAGUGAUCAAGCAUCUGAGCAGCAAGAACACUUGGCGAAAAAACGAGCGUGGGACGUGGCAAUGGCUCCAGCCAAAAGUCUUCCGAUGAACAUGUUCAUGAUGUAUAUGGCUGGGCGAAGUGAUCAAAAUACCGGAAGUAUGAUCAUUCAUAAACUGGUAUUCAUUCUGGGAAAUUUGGGUGCUAUUGCUCUUGCCAUAUAUAAGGUUCACACUAUGGGCCUCUUACCGAAUACACCAUCCGAUUGGCUCGAAUUCAUUCCUCAACCGCAACGUGUCCAGUAUUCUAUAUUUAGUAGUACUUACGUUUGA